AUGGAUCCUCGUAGCCUAUGCGUCAUCGAUGAUAUAUCAGUCGCCGAGAGGAGACGUAUCCUUGGUGAUGCUAUGAAGCUGAAGGAAGUCUUCUCUGAUCCUGUAGAUGUCCGUAGAACUGGAGUUCAGGUUGACGACCCCCAAUCCUGUGUGUAUUUGAUUUUCAUGGAAAACUCGACUAGAACGAAAGAAUCUUUUUUGAACGCCGCCAAGUUCCACGAUGUAAAAGUUAACAUUUUCGACUGCCAAACCAGCAGCUUCCUAAAGUCGGAGACCAUCACUGAUACGAUCAAGAUGCUUAUUGGCUACUCCCCGGCAGGCCGGACGAUCUUCGUGAUCCGAUCUAAGUUGGAGGGCGUCUGUCGAUGGCUCGAGUUCGCCAUGACCAAGUACGCCAGACGACACGGUAUCAAAACACCCGUAUUCAUCAACGCUGGUGAUGGAUCCCAUGAGCAUCCAACACAGGAGCUCUUAGACCAGUUUACCUUCGUGGAGUGCAUGAAGAGGCUCAAGGACGCCGCCUGUGUGGGGGAUUCCUCCCCAGUGGGUCUUGUAUCCUCCGACUUCGAUACGAUUCACAUCGCUCUCAUUGGAGAUCUCAAGAACGGCCGGACCGUCCACUCUAAAGUCAAUGGCCUCCGAGUAUUUGAUCAUGUUCGGGUCGAUCUGAUAGCGCCAGAAGAGCUCGCUAUGCCUUCGAGCUAUACGGAAAGGAUGAGGUCUCUCGGGUAUGAAGUCAGACAGUUUCCCUCUUUGGAGGAGUACCUCGGCCAGGAUAAUGUUGCCCGAAUUUGGUAUUUCACUCGGCUUCAGCUCGAACGAAUGACAGAGCAACAACAGGAAAGGUCUUCCAUUUUGCGCCGCGCGGUUAGCUUCGAUCCGACUACUAUGAUGGGGAGGCUUCCCGAGAGCUGUAAGUUUUUCCACCCCCUCCCCCGGGACUCCAGAUUCCCCACUAUUCCCUUUGAGAUUGACGACACCGACCUCAACGGCUGGGAUGAACAGAGCCGCAAUGGAUACUUUCUGCGUAUAAUCCUUCUACGUGGUAUAGGCUACGGGGAGGGUUUGAAGGUUGAGGUCGACUUCAACGUAGGAGAUGUUGUUGGUACUGUGACGAACUCAUCUAAGGAUUAUUGUUUCAAGCAGUGA